AUGAAGACCAGCUCUCAAGUCCGUCUGCUCCUCUGGAAGAACUGGACUCUGCGCAAACGCCAAAAGAUUCGCUUCAUGGUUGAAAUCCUCUGGCCGGCAGUUUUAUUUAUUGGUCUGGUGUGGCUGAGAAGCGCCAACCCCCUGUACCAACAGCAUGAGUGUCACUUCCCAAACAAAGCCAUGCCCUCGGCCGGGAUCCUGCCAUGGAUCCAGGGAAUAUUUUGCAACGCUAACAACCCAUGUUUCCGACAGCCCACCCGAGCAGAGGGGCCUGGGGUGGUGUCCAACUACAACAACUCUCUACUGGCUCGUUUCUACGCAGACCUCCAGGAGCUGGUCCUAAAAGACACUGACGUCCAUCAGCUGCGGCGGAUUUGGACUGAACUGUCUUCGUUCUCAGACUUUAUGGAGACUAUUCGCCACAACCCCUCUUCAGUGUCAGGUCGUGGUCUGAAGGUAGAAGACAUUUUGAAAGAUGAUGAAGUUUUCACAUCGUACUUACUGAGGGACGUGCACCUGACAGAGUCUGUGGUGUACCAGCUCUCCAACGCACGGAUCCGGCUCGAACAGUUUGCGUAUGGGAUCCCGGACCUGCAGCUCAAAGACAUUGCGUGCAGUCAGGCGCUGAUGGAGAGGUUCCUGAUCUUUCCCAGUCGUCGUGGGUUACACAGUGUGAGGAACGCCAUGUGCGCCCUGAGCCAACAGAGCCUGCAGACCAUCGAGGACGUGCUCUACGCAAACCUGGACUUCUUCAAGAUCUUCAGACUGAUAUGA